AUGUCGUUCUUCAGACAGUUUCCGAACCUCAGACGGACCUCAAGGCUGUCGUUUACAAUCGCAGCCCUCGUCAUCACGUCCUCUUCUAUCGUUGGGCUUCCACUGACCCCCUCGCAGCACGCCAACGCCAAACCGACCGCUUUCACAGACAGCUCAAGACAUCUUGAGUCGAAAACUCUCUAUCCAGACCCCUCCAAACCGAGAUCUACCUAUCAGAAUUCAGUGAAUGGAGAGACGAGGAGCGGCGACACAGAAGACCCGUGGCUGGAGAGCCUCUGCUUGGGAGCUCAUAACAAGAACUGUGACCCGGAUCCACGGGAACAACAGACGGGAAAAAAGACGGGACAAGCGACAGGAAAAGUGCACGGAAAGUCCUCUGGCCUGCAGGACAGGAAGAGCAGAAAGACGCCGCGUGCAUGGGUGCGGCCCUUGAAAGACGAGCCUCAGUCUGAGAUAGAAUCUAUCUGGGCUUCUCAUGCUGCCCAAUAUCUCGCUUACAGCAAGCAGCACCACCCGAGGGGGUCGCCACAGCCACGGAAACAGGCUCGGUACAAACCUGCAGAUGAGGCUCGGUACAGCCCUUCGCCAUCCCCCCCAACUCCAUCGAGGUCGAGACCCCUUCCGGGUCCCCUUUUGAGUCCCCUUUUGAGUCCCCGUUCCGUUCCCGGGCCAAGGUGCGAGGGACAGUGCUGCUCCAACGCUGCUCCCGCGCUUGCCCCCGGCGUUCCCAAGAUGACGUCCACGUGGAUCAGCAGCCAGCUGGCAGAUGGUGCUAGGAUCACCUCCACGUGGAUCAGUAGCCAGCUGGCAGAUGGUGCUAGGGUGAGUGAAGGGAGUCUUGGAGGGAAGGUAGGGGGACUUUAUACAUGGGCACGAGUGUGGGUGGGCGGGUAUGGCUGUAGAUUUGGGGGAAGGGGUUAUGAUGCCAAGAUGACGUCCACGUGGAUCAGCAGCCAGCUGGCAGAUGGUGCUAGGGUCGUGAUUCGCUCCAAGAGGAGGUGGGGCACCUUCUGGAAAGCAGCAAACGGGGCCAAGUGGGAGGGGCACGUAGCAUUUAAACCGUCCAAUUUUCCCUCCCUUGCCCCCUCUGCCUCCCUGCUGCAGGUGGUGAUUCGCUCCAAAAGGUGGGGCACCUUCUGGACCGCACCGAACGGGGCGAAGUGGGAUGGACGCAUUGCUGCCCGAGCCACCGCCACGCCAGAGCCAUCGCAAGCACUUACUGUGAUCAGAGUCUCCAACACAGAGAUCAAGUUCAUGACCCCCAGCAACACGUAUCUGGCCAAGGCCCCAGGCGCCUUCGGCUACCUCAGAACGACCCGAAACGCGUCCAACCCGCGCGCCGUCUUCACCAUAAAGUACAUCCCCGGCACGGUCUACGUCGCGUUUCGCUCCUCCGACGGAUAUUUCGUCACUCAGGACGGCAAGAACAGCAACCCGCAGUUCAAGUGGAAGCGUGCGGGCGAGUGGGAGCGGUAUGACGUGCGGGAGGUGAUGGAGGUGCCGGCGAUUCGAGGGGCGAAUCUGGGGUCGUGGCUCAUGACUGAACCAUGGAUGAACCAGGGAGUCUUUCGGUUUGCUGGCUACAGCGACGGCACCCAGUUCACCUUGCGAUCAGUGGUAACAGGAAAAUACGUCACUGCACCUGGCGGGGGUGGGACCAUUGGCGCAGCGAGCAACUUUGAGCUUUUCAUCUUCAACACGCCUCUCAACGCUUCAACGGAGCAGAGCGGCAGCAGUGUGCGUGUGGUGCUGCGUGCUCUCAACGGCCUCUUCCUCCAGGCUCGCUCAGACGGCUCCCUCACUGCUGACCUCCAACAAUCCCUCGAAAACAAUGCCAUCUGGACCAGUGCUGCUGCGUUCGACCUCACUGUGUUGUGGCGGGUGGAGGCUGACUUUCAGGCAGCCUACACAGCCGGUGCAGCCGCCCCAUCAAUCUACGAAAACAUUCGCCGAAACUUCAUCACGGAAGCAGACUGGCAGAAAUUGCAAGAACUGGGAAUCAACACAGUGCGAAUCCCCUUGCCCUACUGGAUAGCCCUCGACGCCACCCCCGAGUUCCCAUUUGUGCCGGGAGCAGCAGCGUAUCUCGACUGGGCGUUUGAGAUGGGGGCGAAGUAUGGGGUGAGGAUCUGGUUCAGUGUGCAUGUGGCGCCGGGGUCGCAGGCAGGCAGAGGGAAUGCAAGAGACGGGCUUGUUCGCUGGCAAGGGGAGAAUAUCAACCGCACGCUCGACUUUGUCACUUGGCUUGCUGACAGGUACGGCACCGACCCUAUGUGGCUGGGCAUGGGGCUGCUGAACGAGCCGGUGGUGGGGGGGGCGAACGGGUACGCGGGGGUGGAUCUGGAGGACAUGCGGGGGUACUACUCCGCGGCCUUCAACACCAUCCGCGCGCGCUGCCUCUGCUGCUUCGUGGCCAUGGAGGGCCGCGUGGGCAGCAACUUUGGCGACGUGAUGUGGCACAUGAAUGACGCGUGGCACAAUAACGUGCUCCUGGAGCAGCACAUCUACGACGUCUUUGGCAACUUCUUCAGCUCGAAGGGCGUCGACUGGGAGAUUGAAUACGCACAUACCACCAGGAAAGACAACAUUAUCGCCUUUCAACAGAAAGUGGGGCGGAACCUUCUGGUAGGGGAGUUCUGCAAUGCGAUGGGGAACAGUGCAACACCGGAGCAGCAGGCCAACUUCUCUCUUGGACAAAUGAAAGCAUUCAGCUAUGCAAAGGCCGGCUGGUUCUUCUGGUCCUGGAAACUCAACACCACAGUACCAUCCCAGGUGGGUUUUACGAUGCACAGUGUCUCUUGUCUGAGCCCUUUCCCUCCUGUUUUUGUCCUGCUUAUUCCACCUGUUGCAGGCACCCAUCACUGGCAGUUUGUCAACAGCUACGACAACGGGUGGUUACCCAAGAAACCGGAUGGUAACUGGUAUUGA